AUGUUUCAGCCACGCGAAACCAACCCACAUUUUCAGCCACGGAUCCAACGGCCCGCCCAAACCAAUGACCACACAGACGGUUCGACCCUUCCGACACGGUUCAGACCAUCCCCACCUUCUUCAUCUCCAACGGUUCCAAUCUUACCACGCUCACAAGGACCAGAUUCCCAUUUACCAAUAUCAUCUCCGGUACUAGUACCAGUUCCAGCAUCUGUACCUGCAAGGGGCCCACCACAUUCGCGUCCGUCGCCAGUUAGUCACCAACGCUUCGGUGUUCCCCACUACCCUUCACCAUCACUACAUGUCCCACCACAACGGAGAACCAAGCGCCUAACAUGGCUAGUCGCGAUAUGUUGUGUUUUCUUCUGGAUUAUUGUAAUAUUGGGAGGCUUGAUUCUACUGAUUGUCUACCUUGCGUACCGUCCACACUACCCUAAGUUUGAUAUCGCGAGCGCGAGCCUCAAUGCGGCGUAUCUUGAUCUUGGUUAUCUGCUUAAUGGGGACAUGACUUUGCUAGCAAAUUUUACAAAUCCGAACAAGAAAGUGAAUGUUGAAUUCCGUUAUAUGGUCAUUAAUCUUUAUUUUGAAGGUACUUUAAUUGCUGCUCGAUAUGUAGAACCUUUAUCGGUUUCGCCUAGAGGUUAUAAGCUUAGAGAUGUUCAUAUGAUAAGUAGCCAGAUCCCGUUUUCGAGAAGACAUGUAGCACAGUUGAAUGAGCAGAUACAAACCGGGAGGAUUAUGUUUGAAGCAAAGAGUUUCCUUCGUACAACGUCAAAUCUUGGUGGGUUUUUUCGAUACUCGUAUUGGUUAUAUGGUUACUGCAAAUUUGUAGUGAGUGGUCCUCCUAGCGGUAUUUUGGUCGCGAAAAAGUGUGAAACCAAACGGUGA